AGUGAGGUACUUCGAAGGGGCACCAUUUGUAUUUAAGUUAAUUUGUAAUGGUUUUGGAAUGUUUGUCAGUUCUCAAACAUGCACUUUAAGUGUUAGACCUUUCUUGUAACAAUUUGUUAUUGGAAGUUUCAAGGCUUUGGGUGCUCGGUUAAGGAUUUUGGCCUUUCCUCAUCCCUUGGUUUUGGCCAAAUGAUUAUGUUUCCUCAUUUUGGGAAGAUUUCUUUGGGUAUUUUGAUAUUUGUCCUGAUAGAAGAAAACCUUCCAUCAUUAACAGCACAAAGCUACCCAUCUUUAGAAGAAAUCCAGGAACCCAAGAGUGCAGUUUCUUUUCUGCUGGCUGACUCAGAAUCUGCAGACCCUUCUCUGUCCAGUGACAAGAAACGACCUGGACCUCAGGACCACAGAGAGGCUGAGAGACGCUGGUUGCUCAGAAGACGGCGAUCUACUCUAUUUCCCGGUGCAGUAAGAGUCUGCCCGGACGAAAGCGUCACAGAGGCUGUGGCGAACCAUGUGAAGUAUUUUCAAGUCCGAGUGUGUCAAGAAGCUGUCUGGGAAGCCUUCCGGACUUUUUGGGAUCGACUUCCUGGGCGUGAGGAAUAUCGUCACUGGAUGGAUUUGUGUGAGGGUGGAAUCACGAUAUUUGAAAUGGGCACAAAUUUUAGUCAGUCUGUGGAACAUACAAGCUUAAUUAUGAAGAAACUGGCAUACACAAAGGAAUCUGUAAGCGGUCCCUGCAGUGACCAGGCCUGUGGCCUUGAAUUGUCAUCUCUUGUUCCUGUUGGUGAGACUUCCACAGUGGGAGGUGCCGUCCUCAGCGUUCCACAUCCAGGGGUGACCUCUUAUGAAGGUACCUCAGAGAGCGGCUUGGAGAGGCUGGAGGAGAGUAUUAGCAACGAAAUUGAGACCGUGAGAGAAGAGUCUAUAAAACCAGCAGCGGAGCAGAUUGCAGAAUUCAGUAUCCACCUUUUAGGGGAGCAGUAUGAGGAAGAGCUGCAGGAUCCCUCGAGCUCCCACCGCCAGAGCCUUGUAGAAGAGUUUAUUUCAGAGGUUGAACAUGCAUUUACUGGGUUACCGGGUUAUAAGGACAUCCGUGUACUUGACUUCAGGUCCCCCAAGGAAAAUGGCAGUGGCACAGAUGUUCACUAUGAAGUUACCUUCAAUGGUGAGGUCAUCAGCAAUACCACCUGGGACUUGAUCAGCCUUCACUCCAACAAGGUGGAGAACCAUGGUCUUGUGGAACUGGAUGAUAAACCCACCGCUGCCUAUACAAUUAGUAACUUCAGAGAUUAUAUUGCUGAGACUCUGCAUCAAAAUUUUUUGCUGAGGAACUCCUCUUUGAAUCCAGAUCCUGACUCCCUGCAGCUUAUCAAUGUGAGAGGCGUUUUACUUCCCCAAACUGACAACCUGGGUUGGAACACCCAAAGCUCAAGUCUUCCAGCAACCCCACCACCUAUUCUGGAUAAUACCCUUCAAGCUGAAUGGCCCUCAGCAGAUGAAUCCGCCACCAGCAGUAUUUCACCAGUUGAUUUCAGCCCUGGUCCUCCCUCCACCACUGGCAGGGAACUCUGGUCAGAAGGACCUUUGGGUGAUUUAGCUUCUACGCCCAAAUUAGCCUUCCCCUCGAAGGCGGGCCUCAGUUCUUCCCCAGAGGUGUUAGAGAUUAGCAGCUUGACUCUUCAUUCUGUCACCCCAGCAGUGCUUCGGACUGAUUGGCCUGUGGCUUCUGAGGAAGGGGUUUCUGCAUCUCACUUAUUAGAAGAUGGAUUAACCAAAGUUGAAGGGUCAGGAGAUACUCUUUCUGUUGAUCCAUUGUCUUCAAGCCCAUCCACUCAUCCUGUGCCAAAAGAAACAAUACCAUCUGUGGAAGACUCUGGGGUGUCUUUGACAUCCUCACCGUAUCUGGUCUCCUCUGUCACAAUAGAUCUUCCUGCUCAGGCAGAAAAUAUAGCUUUUGGCUUGGACUCUUUGGUCUCCAAAGUCAAAGGCCAUUUAGAAGUGAGCACUUUGAUGGCAGACACAUCCAUGGAAAAGGAGUUCAUAUUUGAAAGUGGCUUAGGUUCAGGGUCUGGGCAAAAGAUGGAUCUGAUUACUUGGCCAUGGAGUGACAUUUCACUAGAGAACAGCACUGAACCACUGUCCAAGUCAUGGCUGGAAGAUGAGGACUCGCUUUUGCCAAAUGAAGCUAUAGAUGAGAAACUAGUUACAGAUGACAAGAUAGAUUCCACAGACAGAAGUAGUGAGCGCUCAGAAUACGGGCAUUUUGAUAGAUCCACACAUCCUGCAGAGGAGGAGCCCCUUGACCGACCCACUGUGCCCAUUUCUGCAGAGACCACAACUCAGUCUGCAUCUCUACUUCCCUCCAAGCGCACAUCAGAGGUGCCUGACACUGAUUAUUCCUCAGGUACGGAAGCACCUCCUCUACUGACAUCUGCAGCUAUUGCUGCUUCUACCAGUGAACCAGAUCAAGUGGAACCCGUUCUAAGGGAGGAUAUGGAACAUUCUACAGAGACAACCCAUCGUGAACGGUUUGACAGCAAGAUUUCAGUAGUGAAGCCAGAGAGGCAACCUUUGUGGGCCACAUUGCCAGAGUCAGAUGUAGUUUGGGCAAACACUUCUUCCCCAGGGAAAUUGUCCAGAGACACAUCAUCGGCAAGUGCACCAGAGAGUAGAGACAAGCUCUGGUUGAAAGCUUCCACGACACAGUCCCCCACAUUGCCUCCAACCACAAGCCCCACCCUGCGGGAGGAUGAGGUAAUUAUGGGCGUACAGGAUAUUUCAUUAGAACUGGACCGGAUAGGCACAGAUUACUAUCAGCCUGAGCUAAUCCCAGAGGAAGAUGGCAAGGUUGGUAGUUACGUGGAAAUGUCUGCAAAUAUUCACUCUACAGAGAUGGCUGUUGUGGCUCAGCCCACAAAAAGAAGUGACUCAAAUCAUACACAGACCACAGGAGCUUUGCUGGUGUUCUUUAGCCUUCGAGUGACUAACAUGAUGUUUUCAGAAGAUCUGUUUAAUAAAAACUCUUUGGAGUAUAAAGCCCUGGAGCAAAGAUUCUUAGAAUUGCUGGUUCCCUAUCUUCAGUCAAAUCUCACAGGGUUCCAGAAUUUAGAAAUCUUGAACUUCAGAAAUGGCAGUAUUGUGGUGAACAGCAGAAUGAAGUUUGCCAAGUCUGUCCCUCCUAAUGUUAACAAUGCUGUAUAUAUGAUUCUGGAAGACUUUUGCACCACUGCCUACCAAACCAUGAACUUGGCUAUUGAUAAAUAUUCCCUUGAUGUGGAAUCAGGUGACCAAGCCAACCCUUGCAAGUUUCAGGCAUGCAAUGAAUUUUCUGAGUGUUUGGUCAGUCCCUGGAGUGGAGAAGCAGAGUGCAGGUGCUACCCUGGGUACCUGAGUGUGGGAGAAGGGCCCUGUCGGAGUCUCUGUGACCUGCGGCCUGACUUCUGCUUCAAUGAUGGGAAGUGUGACAUCAUGCCCGGACAUGGGGCCAUUUGUAGAUGCCGGGUGGGUGAGAACUGGUGGUACCGAGGCGAGCGCUGUGAGGAGUUCGUGUCCGAGCCCUUGGUGAUUGGCAUCACCAUCGCCGCCGUGGUUGGACUUCUCCUCGUCUCUUCGGCUGUCAUCUUCUUCCUCGUCAGGACUCUUCAAACUCACAAUGCUAGGAGAGAAGGACAGAGGCCCUUUAGCAGGCGGCCUGACGGCCUCCCGUCUGUUGAAGAUGCUGUAAAGUACAACCCCGCCUAUGAAAGCCACGUGGCGGGAAUCGAGCAGUAUGAGGGACCCUAUCCUCCGCGCCCCUUCUACAGCUCUGCAGGAGGAGAGGCCUUUGGUGGCCUGAGCAGGGAAGAAAUCAGGCAUAUGUAUGAGAACAGUGGGCUUUCCAGGGAGGAAAUUCAAGAAAGAAUGAGAAUCUUGGAACUGUAUGCCAAUGACCCUGAGUUUGCAGCUUUUGUGAGAGAACACCAAAUGGAUGAGCUUUAAUCACGACUGGUAUUUUGGAACUGAUUAGAAGCCUAGAGAAGAUAGAGAUCACUCGUUACUGUAUCAUAUAAUUAACCUGGAUCUUGAACUCUGUUGGAAGAUGAAUAUUUUACUACAAAACAUUAAGUUUAGGGCACAAAUUUUUUUCCAGUUUAGAAUUUCAGAAUGUAGUAAGAGAUGUGACAAUUUUUAUACCUACAAACAGUUUUAUAUGUAAACAGUAUUUAAAGAAAUUCAAAACUGUGUGUGUUCCGGAAAGCAUUCUGGAAGAAAGCAGCUGGGCCGCGGGGCGCCUUGGGGAGGCAUUGCUGUCUGCUGCCGAAUGUCCCAGGGCGUCUGCCAACGACUGCGCCUCGGGAGUCCCAGGAGGAAGAGAAGGCGAGACUAUCACAGGAGAGGGCGGGUUUGCUAGGUAAACAUUCGGCACCAUGCUUGGUAUUGUCAGAUAAAAUGGAGUGAGAAGCCUUUGAUGCAGUUUUAAUAUAGUUUAUAGUCAGAUUCGUCUAAUUAAAAUGUUAAGUUUUGGGGGGGAUUAAACUGCUGAAGAAAAAGUAAACUUUUUGCUGCUCUAUAGAGUUAGUUUUGUAUUUCAUGCUUCUACCAGAGUUUUGAAUUUUCUGAGCAUGUUAAUCAAGAUCACAUUACUGUUGUGUUAACCAUCUCAGAAUCCUUUUUUUUUUCCAGCUGUCCAGAACAAUACAUAUAUAUGAAGUCUGAGGCUUUUCUUAGACUAAAGAUGAAUUUAAUUGUGGACAGGGAGGGAGUGAAGGUUAGGUGAAGGCCACAGUGCUGAGAGUGUAUGGUUUGCCGAUUGACAGGUGGGCUGAGUGAGAAUUUACGGGUUCCUUGAUCCUGCUUACGGUGUCUGAAGAUGUCCCAGCCAAAUCCUGGAUCCUCUCUAGUUUCUGAUAUUUUCAUCUGGGAAACAGCACUUAACUACUCCACAUAGUACAGGUUAGCUCAUUUGGAUUACUUCUCUUUUGUGUAAUAACUCAAGUCUAAAUUAAUUCUGGAGUAAUAUCUUUUUAUUUUCUAGGUAGGAAAAGGUCCCCAUCUUAUAUAAAUUUUAACUGAAUUAGUAGCUACCCACUUUCUCUCCAGUAUGUUUUUGAAUGGGUAGCUUUGGAAGGGGAAAGGAAAGGGCCAAAUAAUCAUCCCUAUUAAUAUUAAACUGCAUGUGCAAAUAAUUAUUAUCAGUAGUUAUUAUUGAUACAGAUAUUUUAUGUUACAAUGUCUUUAUGUCUGCCAAAAGCAAUCUGGGACAUUUUGAUUUUUUUCUGACCAGGGAUAGACUGACCAUUAAGAUAAAAUAUUGAUUGACUUAUUUUUUUUCUUAACUUGAUGACUGCUAAUUUCACUCAUUAUGACACCAGAAACUAAAUGUCUGGACUCAGUACAUGCCACAGUACAGCUAGUAAAGCCUUGAAGAUAUUAGGUAAUACCUUGAAGCCUCAGGUAUUUUGCAGAGUAUAUGUGGUAAUUAAUGUAUGUGUGUGUGUGUGUGCACACGUGUGUGUGUAUGAAGGCAGUUCCCUUGUGUCAAUAUUGCUUUCAUUCCCUCCUCACAUAACGCAUUCUCUAGGACUUGGGCAUAGGUGUGAGCCACUGCUGGGAUGUUUUUCACUGGGUCCAUUUGAAAGGUAGGGCCCUUUGAUAAAUUGGCAGUAGGGCCCACUGAUAAAUUGGGCGAUGCUGUCACUACUAAAUGCUUAAUUUUAUUUGUAAAACUUCUAAAGAGCUCUGUUUAGCUUUAAAAUUUUUCCUAAACUUGUUUGUGUUUGAUUAAAAAAUUGUGUUAUCACAAGUUAACCAUCGAAUGCCACCUUUUGAAUGUCCACUUGCUGGCAAAGUUCCAGAUGGAUGUGAGGGCAACGAGAGCAGGGUGGCCCGGGAGACCCUCAGGAGGAGCAGACACUGAGCUGCGGGGGAAUCGCUGUUCCCCAGGGGCUUUGAGACUCUGGUGGUCUCUGUCUCUGGUUUUCUUUUGUGUGACCUUUUCAUGUGAGAGCGUGAAUAUCUGCUCCACGCUGAUUAAGUGGAAAGUAAAGGAAGCCCUGCCCUUUCAGGGAGAGACCCGAAGGCCUCCAUCCAGGAAUAAAGACAGUUGCCCCGCCCUCACAGCUGGACCAUGUGGGGGGGUCAGAGAGUGCGGUUUCCACGAGGAAGUUCACACUGCCCAGAAAUAACUUUUUAAAAACCUAAGUAUAGUUGGUAUACCAUAUUAUACUAGUUGUAUCAUUUCAGGUGGACAAUAUGGUGAUUUGUCACUUCAUACCUUACAUUGUGGUCAUCCCACUAACUCCAGGGUCGUCUGCCACUGUGCAACUGCAUCGCAGUGUUAUCUGCUGUCUUCCCCUUCGGCAGACACUAUGCUAACUGAAGUCAGAGAAAGAGAUACCAUAUGCUCUCACUUCUAUGUGGAAUCUAAAAAACAAGCAAACAAAAUUUAACAACCCAGAUUCACAGAAACAGAAAGAGCUUCCUUUAAAAAAGAGCAUGCCCCAAGGUAAUUUAAUGGCAUGUAGUCAUUUUAAAGUAUUAGGCUCAACUCUCCUUUCAGGCCGUGUGAUUGAGGAAUGAAAUGUUCUGGUUAUUAGAACAUUCUCAUUAACCUAGCAAUAUAGUAUUUAACAAGACUGUCACCUUAUUUGAAAACAAUAAAAUGCAUAGUAAAACACCAAAAGUGCAUAGUAAGUAACUCAGAAAUUUUUUUUUGAUUCAUAAGGGGCUUUGGAGUCUCGUAGAUAUAUAUAGCCUUUGUAGUUGAGUAUCUAGACACAAUUCUUAUUUUCAUGGUUUCUGGAUAAAAGGGGAAUUUAUUUGAGAAAUAGGAUUUUAUUUCCAUCAUGGCAGUGUUUUAAGAGUAUUUGUUCACAUAUGUGCCCUAAAGUCCCAUUUGCUUUACAUAAUAAAACAAGCGCGGGCUUUGCCUGCUUUCUUCCCUUCUGCAGCACCGGGUCACCGUGGGUCAGUUACUCCCUGCCUCCCUUUCCUUUCUUACGACAUAGUGCGUUGUGAUGUAGUGAAACAACCCUGACUGAAUAGUACUUUAGGAAAAAAGGUGAAAACUGUACAAAUAUUUUUUGUUGGCUCUAAAACUAUAUUGAGUCAAAUAUGAUAUCUGACCUAAUUAUUUGCAUUCUAGUUUUAUAAGUUUGUCUUCUAUUUCAUGGUUUUUAGGCAGGUGGUAUCUUUGUGUCAUUUCCAUGUUUUCUGUCAUGGAUACCAGCCUGUAAAUUGAAUUUUCCUUAUGAAAUGGGAAGUGAAGUCAGCAUAUUUAUACCACGAAGAAAUAGCUGAUUUAGGAGAAUAACCCAUCUUUAUUAAAUGGAGAUGUUUUAGCCAAGAAAAUUAUAGGUCAAAAUUUUUCCCCUAAAAUGUUUCUAACAAUUCCCAGUAGGAAUGGGUAGGGCCAGCCUUCCUCAUUUAGCGUCCAGCUGCAAGAAACUCAUUCUAUUCCCAAAUGUACAAUAAAUGCAGAAAAAAAGAUGCGAAGGUCACAAACCUCAAAUCAAUCAGUUGCAUUGUAUCCCACAGUAGGUCCUGGC